AUGCAUCGCUCACUCUUUUGGGGCUCCUGCCUCUCCCUUUUCCUCCCUCUGUGCAUUCUUUCAAUCAGCUACAUCGCCGGGACCUCAGCUCUUCCUCAAUAUGCUCCUCCUGGAGCACAGGCGACGAACGGUCUCUACAGCGAUCCUGGAAACUUCACAGGAACUUGUCACGAUAUCAACUUCGACGACAAUCAAUGCGUUCUCUCGGCAAAGUGCAGUGCUAGUACUUUAAUGGAGCGUGAAUCAAAGCUCAACCUAAACAAAUGCUUGUUCUACGCUAAAUUCAAGCCGGAUUAUGAUAAAGACAAGGAUGGUAAAGUCGCCAACUACAAUGUGGAUCAGCACAGGUUCAGGCCCGGAAGCUUCUGCGACAAAAGCACUUGCGAGAGCUGCCGUCUCGCGGACGGUUGGACCGAGAUGGGUGGGCCGAAAGGCUCUAUUUACCUCGUCUGUAAGUGUAGGAAGACGGUCGGCGAUCCCGCUACUCAGGAAGUCAGUUCAUGGAUUUGGAACGAGAUUUUCAACACGAAUGGAGAUCUCACGUGCUUCGGAGAGAAAGGCGUGUGACAUAGUGGAUGGAUUUCUUGUUGUCGAAGGAAGCCGCGUUCACGGUGCAGGAUCGCAGUGGCCAAGUGUCUAGAGCUAGGUAAUAGUGGUUAAGAGUGCCUGGAAGGAAGGCGGAAGGGAAUCUGAAAGGAAGGGGCGAAGAAGAAUGGCGUGAAAAAGCAGUUACUUUGGGAAUAGAG